CGCCGCCGCCGCCGCCGCAGCCGCCUGCGCUGUCCGCAGAGUGGCUUGUACAGGUCCAGUAAUGGAGAAUUUGGAAAACAGAACAGAGGUGGUCCUUCUGGCCUGUGGCUCUUUUAAUCCCAUUACCAACAUGCACCUGAGGUUGUUUGAGCUGGCCAAAGACUACAUGAAUGCAACAGGAGAAUAUAAUGUUAUUAAAGGCAUCAUUUCCCCUGUUGGUGAUGCAUAUAAGAAGAAAGGACUCAUAAGUGCCCACCAUCGAGUUGUGAUGGCAGAGCUUGCCACCCAGACCUCCAAAUGGCUAGAGGUAGACACCUGGGAAAGUCUGCAUAAGGAGUGGAUAGAGACGGCCAAAGUGCUCACCUACCAUCAACAGAGAUUGGAAGCUAGGAACUCUGACGAUAGCGAGCCGGACUCUGCCUCCCUGGUACUUCCUGGAGGGAAGAGGAAGAGGACUGGAGAUGCCCAAGAUCUUAGUGAACAGAAACCAUCAGCAUCCCAAAAGAAGGGCCCGCCACAGUUGAAGCUGCUGUGUGGGGCAGAUUUUCUGGAGUCUUUUGGUGUCCCCAACUUGUGGAAGCUGGAGGAUAUCGCCACCAUCGUGGGAAAGUACGGGCUCGUGUGUAUCACCCGGUCUGGAAAUAACGCCGAGAAAUUUAUCUAUGAGUCAGACAUUCUUUGGAAACACAGAAACAACAUUCACCUGGUGAACGAAUGGAUUACCAAUGACAUCUCAUCCACAAAGAUUCGACGCGCUCUGAGGAGAGGCCAGAGCAUCCGCUACCUGGUGCCAGAGGCUGUCCAGCAAUACAUCGAAAAGCACAAUCUCUACAGCUCUGAGAGUGAGGACAGGAACACAGGCUGUAUCCUGGCCCCUUUGCUGAAAGCCAAGCAGUAGGCGAGCCCCCAGCCACAGCCGUCCUUCAGGACUGCCUCCCCUGAAGGUGAAGUGACUCAGGUUUUAGCAUAGAGGAUCUUGUUUCAUAAACAAGAGUUAAAAGUUAGAAUAUAAUAAAAAUCACAAGUUUUGCUUUUUUAUCUGAAGUUUACCUCAGCCUAUGGUGAGUGACAUAGUUUGAGAUAAUUUUUUAACUGUAGUUUACUUUGCCUGAGCCAAGAUUUUUACCUUUUCCAUGGAUCCAUAUAGCAGCCCCAGUACGUUUCAUCAGGAAGGAUGCUCUCCGGCUUAAGGAUGAGAGAUUCCAAAGCCCAGUGAACAGAAUAAGGGACAUGCCAUAUUUGCUACAAUUAGAAAGCUGAACUUGGGGUCCUGGUUUGACUAUUCCAGCCAAGCAAAAGCAGACCAUUGCUCUAUCUAAAACCCCUCUGGUUUCAGUAGCCUGAAUUAGUCCAGAGUGACUCAAGAACAGGAUUCUUAAAACAGUACUUUUAAAAAAGUUCCAUUGAACACCCACAGCUGUGCCAAAAAUAUAACCGGAAGAUUAUGUUGAAUUAGUAUCCACACACUGUAUGGCAUGGACGGGUAGGAGGCUGGCCCUGGGGGGAGAAGACCCGAGUCUGAGUCAUGUCUGUGAUCCUUGCUGGCCACGCAGUCGAUCCUGGAUCGAUCUCCUGCCUUCUCCCCCUCUUUUUAAGACUGCUCAGUUACAGGCUUCAGCCUGUGUGUGUCAGUGAGAGGAGCUUGCAUAUUUGCAAUGGCCCGAUUGCAUAAAACACAGGUCUGAAUGGGGGAAAUAAUUACGAUACUAGCUAGCAUUUAUAUAGCACUUUAAGGUCUGCAAAGCUUUUCAAAUAAUACCUCACUGAAUCUUCACAUCACCCCUGUAAGGUAAUUGAUAUUAUUAACUCCAUUUUAUAGAGGGAGAAACUGAAUUAGAUGGAUGAAUUGACUUAUCCAGGGUCACACGGCUAGUAUGUAUAUCUGAGACAGGAUUUGAACUCAGGUCUUCCUCACUCUGGGGCCAGCACUCCAUUCACUGUACCAUUUAGCUAUCCCAAAAGCUUUUAAUUUAAUUAGGAUUAAUGUUCCUAAUAUAUCCUAGGGAUAAUAUUUAUGAUAACAGCCUUAUAAGUUUGGUGAUGUGCCUUGAACAUCCCUAACUUCCCGUUGAUAAUCGACGAAUUUAUUUGAACCGUACUCAGUUUUCUUUUUUUUUAAUUGAUUGAUAGCUUUUAUUUUCAUAUCACCUACAUUUCCUCUUGUAUCCUUGCAGCAUUCUGUUUUCUCGUGUUUCAUUUUUCUCAUAGGAAUUUGAAUAAAAUUAAAUUAUUUUCAUUAACAUUAUUGUUCAUAAAAUAAUGAAGUCAAAGGUUGUUGUCCUGGAUGUGAGCUCAUACUUUGUUCAAAAAACACUCUGAUAUUUUGGGGGUUGUUAGAGAUGAAAACUCAGUAAGUCUCCAAAAGUCAUUAAAGGAAGAAAGGAAGUGGCUUUUCAUGGCACAGUCUUGGUAUUUCCUAACGGUGGUUUCCAGCUCUAAUGGAACUAGAAGGAAUAGAGUUCAAGUUUCCUAAAAAACAUCCUGGGAUCAUGUGCCUUUUCUGCACUUUCAGCCUGGUCUGAACUUGAAACAGAGAUGGGAAAUGAAGAGCUUAGACUUGUUAACUACCUCCUCCUCAUGAACUACACCAAGUGUGUGUAGCCCAUGGAAACACCCCUCCCCCAUUACAAGGACAGGCCUUGGGGCCUCGGGAUAUCCACCUACCUCUUGAUCUGGUAGGCUGAGUCACUACAGCUGUGUUCUUGCCACGGUCCGCAGCACACUAGUGAAAAAUGAAUCGUACCUGCAGGUGACAUUGAGAAGCUCUGACCAAGAAGAAGCAGGAGCUGUCCAAUCAUAACUGCUGGUUUUCUGCCCUGAGAAGAAAUGUCCUCUCAUCAUUUGGGAGUUAGAUGAGAUACAGAAACAGAACACUGAUGCUCACGAUUUUCACUCCCCCAUCUCUUCUCAACUCCAAAGCCACAGUGGAGCAACAAUUCUGUUACUCAGAUGUCAGGAGAAAAUUCUGCCAUCUCCCACAGUGCCCAGUGGAAAGCCCUGAAUGUGUCGACCUUAGGAGUCCGUGUGAGGCUUGCAUGACCUCUUCGAAAGACUUAGCCAGGCUGGAAUUACCUUGUUAUUGUGAUGUUUCUAGGACAUCAGCACACAUUGUAUAGCAGGAACAUUAACCAAGCUCAUUAUCUUAGGAUGUUGCUAACUGCAUGGCAGAGCCUUGAGUGUCCUCAAGGACAGUUUCCCAUCUAAAUAAUGGAGAUUGUAACAGUUAUGUCCAUAGGGCAAUGAGUAUUAAUGAAUGUCACAAGUUCAUUUAGGGAGAGGGGAAAAUAAGUCUUUUUUUUUAAAUAAAAUUAUGUCAAAGGACAGUGGGAAUAAUGUGAAUUUGUGAGGAUCUGUUUGUCAUAUUGCUGGAUUAUUAGGUUUUUUUUUCAUAAUUGUAUAAUUCAAGUAGGGAUAAACUGAGUAGUCUUAUGUCAGAAAAAUUUUCAUCUGUACAUUGUUUACUUGUGUAAUUGGUGAUUUUGA